AUGGCGAAACAAAUAUCAAAGAAGAAGAAGAAAAGUAAGGUGAUUAUUUCCUCUGAGUCUACGGCUGAUGAAAAUGAAACAAUUCCAGAAACACCAGAAGCUGAUCUUCAGAAAGUAUCUUCUCAUCCUGCACCAACUGAUGCAAAUGUCACAAUAUGUGAGGAUGCUUCGCAUACAACAGUACCAUGUAAAACUUUGGAUGUUACCCCAUAUAUUAUUGUUUCUUUACCUCCACAACUCACACCUAUCAUUCCUACUACAUCCAGAACUGAUUCUCCUACCUUUGAAAACAUCAUCAAACAACCAAUUACAUCUCUUUUUUCUUCAAAAUCCACUGAUCCACCAACCACAACUUCACCAAUUCAAGAUUCUUCUGUCAUGAAAAAUAAACACAAGUCCAAAGGUUUUGGAGGGACAUUUGAAAAUUUGGAAAAUUAUGAAGAAGAAAUUGACUUCCCAGAUCACAUGCUCUUGAAAAUGAAACAAUUCAAGAUUUUGAAUACAAAGCUUAAUUCAAUUUUUCAAUCUCAGGUUGAUCUUAUGGGAGGAAAUUCGGUGACCAGUCUAGAAGUGGAUGGUAUGUUAAAGAUGCUUGAAGGGAGGAUUUAUUCAAAGGUUUCAGGAAUGAUAAAGUAUUCUAAGUCUCGUCUCCUACAGAAAAUUGAUCUAUGUGAUCAUAGUAAUAAGAUGAGGGUCAAUGCUCAAAAAUCAACUUUUGAAGGUGACUUGAAUGAAUUAAAAUUGGUGGCAAAGGAGAGACAUGUUUUAUUUGUUCAAGAUGUGAAGAAAUUCAGAGAAGAUGUGAAUUAUAAACUCUAA